CUCUUCCUCGGCCUCGUCGACUUCACGUUGGCCGCCUCGGGAGCAACACACUCGGCGUCUCGUUCCGUUUCUUCCCUGGGUGACAAGUCCAAAGGUGACAACAGUCGAGUAGUUGUCAGUAAAGUGCGUAUUGGGACGCUGAGUGACAAAAAAUGAAGUGGUUGGACCUCUUCGGACAUCUAAAAUGUGUCGUAAUUGGAAUGAUCCACGUUAAAGCUUUGCCAGGCUCUCCACUUGGAUGCAUGAAAAUGUCCCAAAUCAUCGAAGAGGCCUGCAGGGAGGCGAGCAUAUACCGCGAUGCAGGCCUGGACGGCGUGAUGGUGGAGAACACGCAUGACGUCCCGUACUCGCUGUCUCCGGGCCCUGAAGUGAGCGCCUGUAUGACGUCCGUGUGUGUGGCGGUGAAGAGCGUCUGUCCGUCCAUCCCCAUCGGCGUCCAGGUUCUGUCCGCCGCCAACGAGCAGGCGCUCGCUGUCACUCUCGCAUCAGGCGCCGACUUCAUCCGUGCGGAGGGCUUCGUGUUUUCCCACGUAGCCGACGAGGGUUUGGUCCACGCUUGCGCCGGAGAACUUCUAAGGUACCGGAAGAGCGUCGGAGCGGAGGACGUCCUCGUUUUCACGGACAUCAAGAAGAAACACAGUUCUCACAUUCUGACGUCUGACGUGAGCGUGGCGGAGACGGCUCGGGCCGCCGAGUUCUUCCUCUCGGACGGACUCAUCCUCACCGGAACGUCCACGGGAGCCCAGGCCGACCCGCGAGAACUCACCGAGGUUUCCCGGGCGGUGAGCCUCCCGGUUCUGAUCGGUUCUGGCGUGACUCACGACAACGUGGAUCGCUACUUCGCCGCCAGCGGCGUCUUCGUGGGCUCGCACUUCAAGGACGGCGGCGUGUGGAGCGGCGACCUGAACGCACAGCGCGUCAAAAACUUCAUGACCAAGAUGAGACUCCUCAGAGGCGGCGCAGCAUGAGAAAAUGAACUGCUCCCCGAUGUGCCAUGCGUUUGUGUAGUGGUUCCUCGGUCUCUCCGAUGGAGAUUUUGUUGCCAUUUUGUCGUCGUGGUUUGUUCAACUGACUUUCUUGCAGGCCUUAAGUAACUUUUGGAAUAAGUUGCACUUGUCCGAGUGGUUUUAUUGCAAGAUGCUUUUUACUUUUGAGUAUUUUCAAGAAGGAACACUACUUUUACUCCGCUACAGUGAUCUAGAUUCCGCUCGCUUUUGCUCUUAUCUGUCUACCUGUGAUUGCUAUAUUUGUCUAUUUGAUGUUCAUGCUGGGUAAAAAUUGUAAUGGUUGUACAGAGAAGACCGAAAGAGUGCCUUUCACUCUACUCAUUUUGUGUUUUGCGUGAGGUGAGGUUGAAUGAGGUGCAGUGCUCCCUAUGCGUCACAAGAUGGCGGAACAGACCAAGCAACAACAGCUUUUCAGCUUUUCUUUAUUAAUUUACCCCGAGAAGUGGAGUCAAUAUUCUCAACAUAUUUUAAGAAUAGAAAAAUAAAUAAAAAAAUACAACAAAAUGCACAUUAUAUUGUUUAUACAGACCACAUGUGUAUUGUGUUACACGAAAAUAAAUUUCUGUUUAUUUCA